UCUACACAAGCAAACGUAGCUGAGCAUUCGACGUGGACACAACACAACAACCGUAGUACAAUAGCGCUCUGUAAACGGUCUGAGAACAUAUAAUAAAUUGAAACACUUUAAUAAAAGGCGAAAGAGCGAGCGAGUGAGAGGCGUACAAUUGUCGUGUUCGUACCUUGUGUAAAUUGGUAUUGUUUCAUUCGGGGCGGAAUUGUGCUGAAUGAAGUGAAAACUGGAUAUUCAUACUUGCAUGUUUUCAAGUUGUGGAUGAUCGGAGAUUGUUGUGCAGAGAAAUCAGUCUGUACGAAGCUGUUGAAGUGAACAGAAGCACAAUAACUGAACUCAACCGAGCAAAAAAACAGUAAAGAACGGUGAAGUGAAGAAAAUAGUUGUUGUUAAAUGCAAUAAGGAAUGAUAUGAAUAUUGUAUAGAGAAGAACAAAUAGGCAUAAAAUCAAAGAAACACAAGUGAAAAGCAAUAAGAAGUAAUAGUGUUACAGUUAUUACAAAUUGAAAUCACAUUUUAGAGAAGAAUAGUGAAGAACAAGAACAGCAGUACAAGUUACGUGAAAGUGUUAAGUUCAAUACACAAAAACACAAAACAUCAGCAUGACGACUUUGUCUUCACAUCCAAAUUAUGGUUUCCAUCUGAGCCAGGGUUUAGAUAUACCCACUCCAGGCGAUUAUGCACCACAAAGCAACCUUAGUCCCACCAAUAUGGACAUAAAGCGUGUAAUGCAUUUUUCGCAAACCGGUGGUUUGGCGGCUAUUUCUGCGGCGAUGGGUGGCUCUCCAGUUGGAGGACAUGCAGCCAGCAAUGGUAACUCCAUCAUGGGUACAGCCAGUAUGGGUCAUAUGGGUGGCGGUAACGGCGGUCUUGGUGGUAAUAUGAACAGUGGCUUGCAUCACUUAGCUGGUGGCAAUCAUAUGCAAACUGCCGUCGGACAUCAGACCCUAUCGCCCAACUCCUCAAUCGGUUCUGCUGGCAGUAUUGGUAGCCAGGGUUCAAUUGGCUCAUUAGGCCAUGGACAGGGACUAAAUGGCAGCGGUAAUAAUGGUGGUGGCAAUGGUAUGCACCAUCAUCCCACAUCGCCGGGACAGGAAGGCCACAUCAAACGCCCAAUGAAUGCUUUUAUGGUAUGGUCGCGUCUGCAGCGUCGUCAAAUUGCAAAGGACAAUCCAAAGAUGCAUAACUCUGAGAUCUCCAAACGUCUUGGUGCCGAAUGGAAACUGUUGGCUGAAUCGGAGAAACGUCCCUUCAUCGACGAGGCCAAACGUCUGCGUGCACUACACAUGAAAGAGCAUCCUGACUACAAAUAUCGUCCACGUCGCAAGCCAAAGAACCCACUCGCUGGCGGACCACAAGGAUUACAAAUGCAAGCCGUACAAGGUCAACAGAAAUUGGGUGGUGGUGCAAGCGGUGCCGGUGCUGGUGCCUAUAACCCGUUCCAUCAAUUACCACCAUACUUUGCGCCUUCUCAUCAUCUCGACCAGCCGUACCCAGUGCCGUAUUUCGGUGGCUUCGAUCCAUUAGCACUUUCCAAAUUGCAUCAAACACAGGCCGCAGCCGCAGCAGCCGCCACUAAUCAAUCACACAAUGUAUUAGAGGCACAAAAGGCGCCACAGUUGCCACCUACCACAUUGAGCAGUUUCUAUUCCGGCAUCUAUUCGGGCAUAUCAGCGCCUUCUCUAUAUGCCGCACACUCGGCUAAUGCGGCGGCGGGACUCUACAAUUCAUCGUCGACAUCGUCACCUGGCUCCUCACCCGGUACAAUCACACCCAAUGGCAUGGACGCGUCCGUCUCAUCGGCGAUGGACAACGCGCUGAGGCGGCCUGUACCGGUGCUGUAUUAAACUAUAAGCAAAAUAUUAGUAGUUUUUAGAAUGUAGAAAGUACAAUUGGCGUUUAAUGCGCUUUGUUAAAUUUUUUUAUUAAGAACCAAUACCUCGAGUAACCCAGAGUUGUUUUAUGUAUGUAUAUAGGUAUAUAUGUAUUGUCUGCAAUAGCAGAAGGUAAUGUGACAAAUUGUAUUUAUUAAUAUAUUGUAUUGGAAGUAGACACAGAUUCCUUUAUCAAGUGAUCAUGUGAUUUAAGUUAUAGCAAAAAAAUUAAUUGUAAUAUUAUUAUUUCUAGUUUUAUGUGAACAAAAAUUCAAAAAUAAGCAAAAAUACAAUAAUUGAAAAAGAACUUAGCAUUUUUUCUUGAGAAAUGUAGAAUAAUUUGCAUAGUUGGCUGAAGUGCAUCCAAUUAACUUAUUUAUAAACAUACCAAAAUGUUGAUAGUGUGCAGGCGUUAUAGACAUGAAUCACAAUUAAAAUUAAUUUAUUAAAAAUUUGUGUGUAAAAAAUGAUUGCUUUAUUACCGAUUUAAGUAUCAGUUGUAAUCGAUAAUUGAUCCUCACAUUUGUUAUUGCUUUUAGCGCUGUUUUUCGUCUCAUUAUUUUAUAAGAAUAUAACAUUUUAAUUUAUGCAUUUAUAAUCUUACACCCAAUUAUAUGUGGUUUUCAUACAUUGCUGCUAAUUUUACAUAAUAAUUAAACUUAUGUAUAAACAAAUUGUAAAUAUUUGAUAUUCGAAGCGACCGAUAUGGGCAUUGUACUAUAUGUAUGUAUGUAUCUGAAUCACAAUAAAUUAAAACAUAUAUGAAGGAGCAAAGUAUUAUUUCGAAGUUAUAAGAAGUGAAACGACUAAUUGAAAAUAAAAUUAUGAUUGAACAGACUAAAAA